GCAUCCAGCUGGGGCAGGGAGGGAAUGACAAAAAGGAAGUGGGUUGCGUUCUAACGUCUGCGACCGUAGUCGCCGCCCGGGGCAGAUGAGACAGCGUGGGUGAGGGUCAGAUCUCUGCCUCUUUCCCAGAAGAGCCAAAAAUGAACGAGUCCCUGUUCUGAAGGCCAGAAGUCAGAGAUCAGAGGGACUCUGUUUUUCAUAGCAAUCAGUGUCUUUCAAGGAUGUGACUGUGGACUUCAGCAGGGAGGAGUGGCAGCGAUUGGACCUUGCCCAGAAAAGCCUGUACAGAGACGUGACGCUGGAGAACUAUUUCAACCUGGUCUCCGUGGGGUGUCGUGUUCCCAGACCAGAAGUUGUCUUUAACUUGGAGCUGGGAGCAGAGCCGUGUGUGUUGGCUGGUGAAGUCUCAAGUCAGAGCUGCUCAGACAGAGUUACACAGAGAGAGAAGGAGAGGCAGAGAGAGAGAGAGGUCUUCCAUCCGCUGGUUCACUCCCCAACUUGCCAUAACGGCUGAAGCUGCACUGAUUGGAAGCCAGGAGCCAGGAGCUUCUUCCAGGUCUCCCAGAUGGGGAUAUUGAAACGUCACAACAGGGACUAUCUAAAGAAGUUUCUUUCCCGUCUGAGAGAUUUAGUCUGUUCACAAGGCAGGCCCUGUAUCCCAUUUUAGAAGAAUUGUGGAAGGAUAAUAAACAGAUGGGGAACCAUGAGGACAAUCAGAGCAGAGCUCUAGGUCACUUUGCCUUCACCAGCCAGGGGAUGCUGGUUGAUGGGAUGCACCGUGCAUAUGAGGAUGCAGGGAAAAGAGCUCACGAGAAUACCCACCUUUUUCCUUCAAGCAAAAGACUGCAAAACUGUGACUCAGUAGAAAAGAGUUCGAAGCUUGUGGUAAGCUUAUGUCAUUACAAUGGAAGCAGUACAACAGGCCAUCUUGACAAGAUUCUGGGAUUCGGGGGUAUCUUUACCCACAUGACUUCUCAUACAGAAGUGAGUGCUUGUGAGUGUAAUCACUGUAGGCAGCUUCCGAGUCAUCAGCAAGUGCGUGAAUACCAUGGGAGACACCCUGGGGAGCACCCCCAUUUGUUUUCUGACCGUGUAAAAGGUUUCUUCCGCAAAUCACCCCACUUUGCACACGAGAGUGUUUACCCUGAGGGAGAACAGGAAGAGUGCAGCAGAUACGGGACAGUCAGCACUCAGAGGCCCCAGCGUGCUGUGCCUCAGAGGGCUCAUGCAGGGGGGAAAGCCUUUGUAUGCACUGAAUUCCGGAAGGGUUUCUCCCUCACCGCCAGUCAUCAGAAAACAUGUGACGAGGAGUGUUACUACAAAUGUAGUGCAUAUGGAAAUGCUGCUCUCCGCAGGUCAGGAUGUGGGAAAAGCUUCUCUCAGAACGCAAGCCUCCGUGUACACAAAAAACGGCACAGUGGAGGGAAACACUUUGCAUGUAGUGAAUGUGGGAAAGCCUUCACAAGGAAGUCAACACUAAGCAUGCACCAGAAAAUUCACACAGGAGAAAAGCCCUACGUCUGUACUGAAUGUGGGAAAGCCUUCAUCCGGAAGUCGCAUUUUAUCACACAUGAAAGAAUUCACACUGGCGAGAAACCCUAUGAGUGCAGUGACUGUGGGAAAUCCUUUAUUAAGAAGUCACAACUCCACGUGCAUGAGCGAAUUCACACAGGAGAGAAUCCCUUUAUAUGUUCAGAAUGUGGCAAGGUCUUCACUCACAAGACAAAUCUUGUCAUACAUCAGAAAAUUCAUACUGGAGAGAGACCCUAUAUCUGUACUGAGUGUGGGAAGGCCUUUACAGACAGGUCAAAUCUCAUCAAACACCAAAAAAUUCACACUGGAGAGAAACCCUAUAGAUGCAGUGACUGUGGAAAGUCAUUCACUUGGAAGUCACGUCUCAGGAUACAUCAGAAAUGCCAUACUGGAGAGAGACAUUAUGAAUGCAGUGACUGUGGGAAAGCAUUCAUUCAGAAAUCAACACUAAGUAUGCACCAGAGAAUUCAUAGAGGAGAAAAGCCCUAUGUGUGCGCUGAAUGUGGGAAGGCCUUCUUCCACAAAUCCCAUUUCAUUGCACAUGAGAGAAUCCAUACUGGAGAGAAACCCUACACGUGCAGCGACUGUGGGAAAUCCUUCACUAAGAAAUCGCAGCUCCACGUACAUAAGCAGAUUCACACAGGAGAGAGGCCGUAUAGCUGUGCUGAGUGUGGCAAGGCUUUCGCUGACAGGUCAAAUCUCUUCACACACCAGAAGAUUCACACUGGAGAGAAACCCUAUAAGUGCAGUGACUGUGGCAAAGCCUUUACUCGGAAGUCAGGCCUCCACAUCCAUCAGCAGUCCCACACUGGAGAAAGACAUUAUGAGUGCAGCGAGUGUGGCAAAGCCUUUGCGAGGAAAUCCACGCUGAUCAUGCAUCAGAGAAUUCACACUGGGGAGAAACCUUAUGUUUGUACUGAAUGUGGGAAGUCCUUCAUCCAGAAGUCCCACUUAAAUAGACAUAGAAGAAUUCACACUGGAGAGAAACCCUAUGAAUGCCUCGACUGUGGGAAGUCUUUCAUUAAGAAAUCCCAGCUUCAUGAACAUCACCGAAUCCACACGGGAGAGAAACCAUAUAUGUGUCCCGAGUGUGGGAAGGCCUUCACCAUCAGAUCAAAUCUUAUUAAACACCAGAAAAUUCAUACUAAACAGAAACCCUAUAAAUGCAGUGACCUUGGGAAAUCUUUAAACUGGAAAGCACAACUCAGUAUACAUCAGAAAUCUGGUACUGGGGGAGUAGAGUGCCCAGUGUCACAAUCGUGGUGUGGGAAUACCAAGAUAGGCGAGGCCUCAGUUUGACUAGGACGCAGGAGGUAAUGGAGGCCAACCUCUUCUCUAGCCAGAAUUGUGAGUUUCUGGAGCACAGAGCUGAUGUCCAGGUACACAUCUGGCGAAACACUUGUAGGAAGUGUUUAAGCGGUGUGUAAUGCUGCACCUGUUUUCUGGCCAGAUACUGGGAUCAUCAAGCCCCUGAAAAUAAUAGUAAAGAUGCAAGAUGAUUUGCAUUCUUUCUUGUUUCACAUUUUGGGUAAGCAGCUUUGUAAGUUCAGGCUAUUGAGUUUUGCAUUGGGUAGCAAAAUUUCAAUAUUGACCAAAAAAAAAAAAAAAAGUUCCAUUGUCAAUUGUCUAAGACCUGGGACAUUGACACCAAGGUGAAAGUUAGGCAAUUCAAGUGUAUAAUGAAAGGAAAUCAUAAAAUUGACACUAAAGAGGAAAAGGACUCUAUUAUGGUUUUUGGUGUUGUUGUUUUUAGUCUUUUGGAGAAAGUCUCCAUUAUUUAUUGUUUGUAGUAUUUAUUGGUGUGUGCUGUGGCAGCAGGUGCUCAAGAGAUCUGAGCAUACUCAGCAUAUCCUGAAAGUGAUCAGUGAUGUGUGAGCAGCAGUCCUAUACCUGCUUACCACCUUGGAACUUAACCUAAUGUCACUGAAAUUAAUCACAGGGACCUAGAUCUAGAUAACAGCUCUUUUGAUCAUCAGCUUCUUCUAUAGGAACCUGUACAUUACAAAAUAAUAAUAAUGAAAGAUUUUGUUUGAAAGGCAGAGUGACAAGAGAGACAGAGACAGCACUUCCAUCCACUGGUUCCCUCUCCAAAGGGCCACGACAGCCAGGUCUGGGCCAGUUCGCAGCCAGGAGGCAGAACUCCAUCCUGGUCUCCCACAUGGGUAGCAGGGGUCCAAGUACUUUGGCCAUCAUCCACUACCUUCCCAAGCACAUCAGCAGGAAGCCAGAUUGAAAGCAGAGCAGCCAGGACCAGCAUUCCAGUGUGGGACACCAGUGUCACAGGGGGUGGCUUAACCUGCACUACAAUGAUAGCCCCUGUGCUUUAUUUUUAUUUUUAAAAUUUUUAAAAAGAUUUAUUUAUUUCAAAGAGUUGCAGAGAGAGAAAGAUCUUCCAUUUGCUGGUUCACUCCUCAAAUGACUGCAAUGUCUAGGUCUGGGCCAGGUGGAAGCCAGGAGCCAGGAGCUUUAUCCUGGUCUCCCACAUGGGUGCAGGGACCCAAGGACUUAGGCCAUGUUUUGCUGUUUUCCCAGGCAUGUUAGCAAUGAGCUAGAUUGGAAGUGGAACAGCCAGAAUUCAAACCAGCAUCCAUAUAGAAUGCUGGUGUCAUAGGAGGUGACUUAACCUGCUAUACCACAGCACCACCCCUUUCUCCCCCCAUACCUUUUUUUUUUUUUAAAGAUAUUCUUUUUUUUUUCUUUAAAUAUUUAUUUAUUUAUUUGAAAGGCAGAGAGAGAAAGAGAGAGAGAGGGAGAGAGAGAGAAAGAGGUCUUCCAGCUGCUGAUUGCAUUGCUGAAUGCAAUGGCCAGAGCUACACCGAUCCGAAACCAGGAACCAGGAGCUUCUUCCGGGUCUCCCAUGCAGGUGCAAGGGCCCAAGGACUUGGGCCAUCUUAUGCUUUCCCAGGCAAUAACAGCUGGAUCAGAAGUGGAGCAGCCUGGACUCGAACCUCAAACUGGCGCCCAGUAUGGGAUGCUGGCACUGCAGGUGGCAGCUUUAUGUGCUAUGCCACAGCACUGGCCCCAAAGAUAGAUUAUUUUUUGAAAAGAGGACAAAUUAGGAAAAUGGGUUUCAAAAUCUAGAAUUUUUUUCUCUUCAGGUUUGUUAGUACAUUGUGUACAGAUUCAUUACAUGCUAAAUUACCAUGAGAUACAACUGUCUUGCAUUUAAUUUGUUUUCUUAGAAGAUGAAACAUGGUUGAACAUUUGGAAGAGUAUUCCUAUCCUCUUCCGGUCUCUACAAAUUAAUCUUAUUUAAUUGUGUUUUUAAAGUCUUCUCUCUCUUUGUCUUUUAUCCUGUCAGGUAAAGAAGUGUGUUAAUGUCUUAUAGAACAAUUAUGAACUUGUUCUGUAGAGGUACUGAUUUUUGCAUUAUGUAUUUUGAGUCUGGUUUUAUAUGCAUUCAAAUUUGAAUUGUCAUGUCUUUCUGGUUAAUUGAAACCUCAUCAUUAUGAACAAUAUCUUUUUAGCUCCAAUACUUUCUGUGUUAAGUUUUUAUUAAUACAACAUUCAUACUUCUCUUAAAGGCUAAUGUAAAUUAGUACUCAGACCACUUUUAGUAAAGGGUAGGAGUUAGUGAGUUAACUCCAUUUAUUCCCCUCUUGACUAAUCUGAUAUUGAUGUCAUGUAUUUGAAUUCUGUAUGUAGUUGACAUAAACAACCUUACUGUUUCACAGUUAAUAUUCAUUUAAAUCAAACCACAUAAUUACUUCAUUGCUUUUUUUAUACUUUCUUGCCUGUCCUAUAAGUUUCCUUCUAGAAUCAUUUUUCUUCUAACUGAAGAGCACCCUUUAGUAUGUUAAAAAUAUUUUAUAAAUUAAAAAUUUAUUUGAGAGAGCGAGCGAGCAAGGGUGCUCCAUUCACUCAUCCAAAUGCCCACUAUGGCCAGGCAAGGCCAGGACAAAACCAAGAACUAGGAACUUAAUCCAGCCUUCCUAAAUGGGUGACAAGAACCCAAUAACUUAAGUCAUCAGUGCUGUCUCCCAGGGUGUACAUUAGCAGGAAGUUAGGGUCAGGAGCCAGAGACAGAUAUUGAACACAUGCAGACCAAUGUAGGACAUAGGCAUUUUUUGUUUUUUAGAAAACUUUUAUUUAAUAAAUAUAAAUUUCAAAGGAAAACUUAGAUUAUAGCAGUUUUCCCCCCAUAACCACCCUCCCACCUGCAAACCAUCCCAUCUCCUACUCCCUCUCUCAUCACAUUCUUCAUUAAGAUUCAUUUUAAAUUAUCUUUAUAUACAGAAGAUCAACUUAGUAUAUACUAAGUAAAGAUUUGAACAGAUUGUACCCACAUAGACAAAGUAAAAAGUACUGUUUGAAGACAAGUUUUACUGUUAAUUCACAUAGUACAACACAUUAAGGACAGAGAUCCUAUAUGGGGAGUAAGUGCACAGUGACUCCUGUUGUUGAUUUAACAAUUGACACCCUUAUUUAUGAGGUCAGUAAUCACCUGAGGCUCUUGUCAUGAGCUUCCAAGGCUAUGGAAGCCUCUUGAGUUCACAAACUCCAGCCUUAUUUAGACAAGGCCAUAAUCAAAGUGGAAGUUCUCUCCUCCCUUAGAGAAAGGUACCUCCUUCUUCGAUGGCCCGUUUUUUCUAUUGGGAUAUCACUCACAGAGAUCUUUCGUGCAGGUCAUUUUUUGCCACAGUGUCUUGGCUUUCCAUGCCUAAGAAACUCUAAUGGGCUUUUCAGCCAGAUCCAAAUGCCUUAAGGGCUGAUUCUGAGACCAGAGUGCUGUUUAGGACAUCUGCCAUUCUAUGAGUCUGCUGUGUAUCCUGCUUCCCAUGUUGGGUUGUUCUCUUCUUUUUAAUUCUAUCAAUUAUUAUUAGCAGAUACUGGUCUUAUUUAUGUGAUCCCUUUGACACUUAAUCCUAUCUUUAUGAUCAGUUAUGAACUUUAACUGAUUACUUUAACUAGUAAGAUGGCAUUGGUACCUGCCAACUUAUUGGGGUUUGGAGUCCUAUGGCAUGUUUCUAGCUCUGCCAUUUGGGGUUAAGUCCAAAUGUACAGUUCGGCACAGUCUCACUCAGACAUAGGCAUUUUAACCAGUGUCUUAACUACUAAGCCAAGCACUGUCCCAUAGUCUUUCUUUUAAGUGUGAGUUUGCUGGUAACAAAUUAUGGUUGUUAUUGGAAAUACUUUUAUUUUGUCUUUAUUUUUGCAUGAUAACUUUUAUUGAGUCUAGAAUUCUAAAUUGGUAGUUAUUUUCUGUUAGUAUUUUGCAGAUAAAGGUAGAGUAUCCCUUAUCCAAAACACUUGAGACCAGAGUAUUUUGAAUUUCAAUUUUUGGACUGUUUGCACAUGAGAUACGUGGGUGUUGGGACCAAAGUCUAAACAUGAAAUUCAUUUAUGUUUGACAUAUACCUUAAAUACAUAGCUUGCAAGUACUCUUGUACAUUAUUUUCAAUAAUUUUGUGCAUGAAACCAAGUUUGUGACAUUGUCCCACUAGACUUGUGGCAUCAUGCCAGUGCUCAAUCAAAACGUGGAGCAUUUUGGUUUCCAAUUUUCAUAUUGGGGAUGCUCAAUCUAUUUCCUUAUGGUCUGUCUGCUAUUGUUUUGAUCGAAAGUAAGCUGUCAGUUAACUAUGUUUGAA